AUGUCGUUUCUAACAUUGAAUGGACGUACACUGAAGACGUUCCGCACGAAAAAUGGGGCAGGGUCGAAACAAGGCACAGCUCUUCGUAAUUAUGCCCGGGCCACGCUAGGGUCGGAUGCUCUGCGUGAGGCUGUGAAACUACCUCCUGGCGAGGAUCUGCAUGAAUGGGUCGCUGUUCAUGUCGUGGACUUUUUCAACCAAGUCAAUAUGCUUUACAGUACUAUCACCAAGCUGUGUUCGCCCUCCAGCUGCCCCAAAAUGAUGGCCACUGAAGAGUAUGAGUACCUGUGGCAGGAUGCCCAGUCUUCACAUUACCGCAAGCCGACGCGAUUGAGCGCUCCUGAAUACGUGGAAAAUCUGAUGCAAUGGGUCCAACGCUAUUUGGACAACCCUGACUACUUCCCGAGUGCUCUUGGGGUCGAGUUUGCUCCUGGAUCCAUGCAGGUGUUCAAGACAAUUCUGCGCCGAUUGUUCAGAGUCUACGCCCACAUCUACUGCCACCACUUUGAGCAGAUCUCUGAACUUGGUCUUGAGCCUCAUUUGAAUACCAGUCUCAAGCAUUUUGUUUUGUUUUCCGAAGAAUUCGAUCUCGUCGACCCCGCCGAGUUUGGCCCCUUGGCAGAACUUAUCGAUAUGCUUAAAAAAGAGUGA